AUGCGUUUCAUCACUGCCGUUGUCUCUCUGGCCUCCGUGGCCUCCGCCGCCAGCGUCGCCGUCGGCGCCUGCGCUUCCGCCACGGCCAACCUCCAGCUCGGCAACCAAAUCAUCGCCGAGGUCUCGACCGACGUCAGCGCCGCCGUCAACCUCGCCGGCGGCUUCAAGUGCCCCAAGGGCAUGGCCUACAGCCCCUGGGUCAAGGCCUGCGAGUGUCUUCCCGGCCAGAGCUACGACACCACCAGCAAGACUUGCAGCGGCAGCGCCCUGACCGGCGCCUGGCCGAGCCCCAAGUGCGAUGCCACCGGUGCCAAGGUCGCCCUCGCUGCCUUCUGUGCCAUCUCGCCCACUAAGUUCACCAAGUACGAUGCUACCCACGCUUGGUGCCAGGUCGCUCUCGACACCUUCACCUUCUGUGCCGAUGUCGACAUCGAGGCUGAGAUCAAGGCUCUUGGACUCGGCAUCAACCUGGACGUCGAGCUCGACAUCUCCCUGAGCGCCACCAUCAGCGCUGCCCUCCGCAGCACCUCUGCCGGUCUCGCCGCUCUGUACAUCGAGGAGCUCGCCCAGGCCGUCGUCAUCUUCAACACCAACGCUUUCGGCUACGCCGUCGUCGCUGCUGACGUCGAGGCUUCGCUGACCACCAGCAUCUUCGCCCAGCUGUCCGCCACCGCCUGCCUGCUCGGCCUCGGAAAGUGCCAGUUCGACUGCGUGUCUUACAACACCAUGGGCUGCCACAACUACAUUGACGUUGUCGGUGCUCUCGGUGGCCGUCUUGCCGGCUUCGUCGGCGUUACUAUCCUUCCUGACGUUAUCCUCAGCCUCAGCUCUACCAAGGUCUACGCCAACCUCGUUGUCAAGGACCUUCUGUGCGCUAGCCUCAAGCUUGACACUCCUCUCAUCUCCCAGUACAAGUACACUUGCUAA